AGAGUGGAACGCUCACGAAGGUACACAUCUACGGAAUCACCAGAGCCACUUCCGCCCACACGAAAGAUGGCGGCUCCCUUGAUGGAGAAAUUGUCGGAAUCUUUAGGUUCCCCAGAACCUGCGGUUCGACUGAUUCUGUCCGUUUUAGUCGGGUACCCCUGUGCCCUGCUGUAUCGCCGCUUCUUCUUCCACCAGCCACCCACUGUCAUUCACCUAUACCACGCCAUCUCCGGACUGUCUCUGGCGGCAUUCAACUUUGGAACCCAGCUCUAUCACUCUGCAUUAUGCGUCCUUGUCCAGUUCCUGAUGAUGAGGCUUAUGGGAAGGACGAUAACAACCGUCCUGGCCAGCUUUAUGUUUCAAAUGGCAUAUCUGCUGUCAGGCUACUACUACACCGCUACAGAAGAAUAUGAUAUCAAGUGGACCAUGCCCCAAUGUGUCCUUGCACUCAAACUUAUCGGUUUGUCGUUUGAUUACUAUGACGGUGGCCAGGAACCAUCCAAGUUGAAUGAGGAGCAGAAGAGGUCAGCCCUAGCCAAAGUUCCCUCUCUGCUGGAGGUAAUCGGCUUCUCCUACUUCUACGGAGGCUUUCUGGUGGGGCCCCAGUUCACACUGCGCAGCUACCAGAGGCUCGUCCAAGGGGAGCUCACCGACUGCCCCGGACAGCCACCUAACAGUGUUAUACCUGCUAUGAAGCGAUUCUCCCUUGGCCUCCUCUGCCUGGUGAUCUACGCAAUAUUCAGUCCCCACUACCCAGAUAGCUAUUACCUAACAGACGAGUAUGACGCCCAGCCGUUCUGGUACCGCUGUGUCUUCAUCCUCCUUUGGGCCAAAGUCAUCCUGUACAAAUAUGUCAGCUGCUGGGUCAUAGCGGAGGGUGUCUGUAUACUCUCUGGGCUUGGCUAUAAUGGCCUGGGUCAGAAUGGCGAGUACCAAUGGGACGCCUGCGCAAAUAUGAAGGUGUGGACAUUUGAGACCACACCCCUUUUCACGGGCACCAUCGCCUCCUUCAACAUUAACACCAACGCCUGGGUGGCCAGGCAUGUGUUUAAGCGGUUGAAGUUCCUGGGCAAUAAGCUCCUGUCUCAGGUGACCGCGCUUGCGUUCCUGGCCAUCUGGCAUGGCACGCACUCCGGAUACCUCCUCUGCUUCUCCAUGGAGUUUAUCAUCGUAAAUGUGGAGAGACAGGCCCAAGCGCUGGUGAGGGACAGUCCCCUGCUGACCCGCCUGGCCAACAGUUCACUCUACCCCCUCAUCUACCUGGUCCAGCAGUUCAUCCACUGGCUCUUCAUGGGCUAUCCUUUGGUGCCCUUCUGUCUCUUCACCUACGACAAGUGGCUCAGGGUGUAUUCGUCCAUUUAUUUCUGCGGCCACAUAUUCUUCUUCACGUUGUAUCUAGGCAUCCCGUAUCUCCGCAAGGUGCUGGUACCUAGAAAAGAACGGAGCGAGAAAAAGGAGGACUAGGAACUACGUUAGGUCUCUGGCUGAAUCUCCACCCAGGAUGUGACUGAAGGGAACUGUGACUUUUAACUAGGAGCGGAUCAGAAAAUAUUUUAAAGCCUUUAAUAUUAUUUGUGUACACAUUUUUCUUUCUAUUUAUUUUAGUGUUGUGGAUGGGACGCACGUUUUUUGGGGGACCAGGGAGAUAAAGGUACAGGAAAUAACCAUUGAGCCAAUCGGGUGUUUUCUUGGUUUUUAGAACUUGAGAGACUGAAGUCUUAUACACAGUAUAUUGCACUCGCCACUCACAGGCUCUGGAUCCGUAGGCAGCUCUGUUUUUAUGAUCUCUCUUCCUGUUUCAACCCUUCCCUCAAGUCCAUAUACACGGUGUAUACAAAACAUCCUAAUAUUGAGUUGCACCCCCCCCCCAGCCUCAAUUCGUCGGGCAUGGACUCUACAAGGUGUCGAAAGCGUUCCACAGGGAUGCUGGCCCAUGUUGACUCCAAUGCUUCCCACAGUUGUGUCAAGUUGACUGGAUGUCCUUUUGGGUGGUGGACCAUUCUUUAUACACAUAGAAACUGUUGAGCGUGAAAAACCCAGCAGUGUUUCAGUUCUUGACAAAAACCGGUGCACCUGGCACCUUCUACCAUACCCCGUUCAAAGGCACUUAAAUAUUGUCUAUAUUCACCGUCUGAAUUGGCACACACACACAAUCCAUGGCUUAAAAAUCCUUAUUUGUCCUAUUCCCUCCCCUUAAUCUACACUGAUUGAAGUGAAUUUAACAAGUGACAUAAAUAAGGGAUCUUCGCUUUUGCAUGAUUCACCUUGUGAGUCUGUCAUGGAAAGAGCAGGUGUUCUUAAUGUUUUCUCUACUCCGUGUGUGUAUAUAGCCAUGUCUGUGCAGGCUCUAUGGUUCAGGUACAACAGAAAUGUUUUUGGCACUUUCAGAUUUAAUGUAAACAUUCAUUUUGUUGAGAGAACAAAAAACCAAGGAUUGCUGCUCUGAUGGGAAUUAUAUAUUUUGGGGGAGGAGUGUUUUCAUUGGCCAACACUCACUCACAAGAAGCACUGUACACACUAACACGUGACUCAAAAAUGGCCUUGUAUUAUCAACUGUUUUUACAUUUAUUCUGGUUUCAAUUCAGAUUUUAUUUCCUUUAUUUUGUGACGAGACUGGAUUUUAUAGCUAUUUUACGAGGGUUUUACGAUCAACCAUUUUGUAGCUUUGGAUAAGAUUCCAUGAAGGGAUUUCAAUGCUCUACUCUUCCCCCAUCUCCCUCUCCUCAUGACCCUUUUCAUCCUCCUCUUUGUCUGCCGUUGUCCUCUCACUCCAUUGCCACCCCACACCCUUCCGGCUGUCUCUGAACAAACUGGAAAACAAACUCCCAACUUAAACAACAGGUAACCAAAACCACCACUUUUACAUUGAGUGACAUCACCAUACCAAUGUCGGCAGCAUCACAAGUGGUCUCCAGUGAGAUCUAGCACCUUCCUCGAUCUUUUUUAGGACUUGGUAAAACUUUGCCCUAACCACUGACGUAAGGUCAGAUCUAGAAUGUUUGACCUGUCAGAUACUCUGUUCCUACAUCUACCACUAUCCUUUUCCAAUGCAGAGACACAUUGGGAGAGCAGUGACUCACUGUAGCAACAACCCACAUUUUAAUAAUAUUUAUACUUGUGGUAAUAAUUAAUUGAUGUGAAUUAAUUGUUAUUUCAGAGACUACUUUUUUGCCUUAUUGCUACCAAAUGUACAAAGGAAAAGAGAAAUGGGGGGGAAAAAAUAAUUUUAAAUACAUUUUUUGUAAUGUUCAUUAAAAUGCUGGAUUUUAAAAACCAAA